AUGGAGGAGGACUACGAGUGGGAGCUGCGCGGCGUCGAGGAUGACUUCCAACGCCAGUUCGCCGCCGAGCUCGAGGUGCUGGCCGAGCUGGAAGGGACGCCGACUCUGUCACCCUCCCGAGCCCCCCAGCCCACGGUGGGCCGGCCGCGGCUCACGUUCGAGGAGGCCAUCGCCGGAGGGGACGCCACCACCCACCCCUCGCCCGCUGGAUCUCCGGGGAAGAGCAAGGGCCGUGCCAGCAAGAGGCCACUGGAUGCUGACUUCCAGAGGGAUGGGCUCCUGCCCCCCACCCCUAAAAUCAAACGGCGCAGGCUAGAGGUAGUCAAGAGACUGAACUUUAGGCCAGAGGAGACGGAGGAACCGCCACUGCCUGACUCCCCACCAAGGGACAUCACCCCCCCUCCAAGUCCUGAGAUCCCCACCAAGCUGUGGGGCGAUGGGCCCUCAGACGCUGGUGCCGACGGGGCUCUCACACGGGCCUCACCAGCCGCCCGCAAUCCCGUCCUGAGACGGCCCCCUGUCCUGGAGGACUACGUCAACGUGACGUCCACCUGUGGUGAUCGGGCCUUCCUGGUGCUGCGUGAAGAUCGCACGGGCACUGGGGUACAGAGCCCUCUCCUCGACAUCCGCUGGCGAGGCCGCGGCCAGCUGGACCUGCUGGGUGUGUCCUUUGCGUCGCUGAAGGAGCAGGUCGACAGCGAGCGACGGCAGCGGCUGCUCCAGGAGGCCCAGUGGCUCUCAGACACCCUGCGCAGCCUCGGGCCGGAGGCGGAGGAGGCCCAGCCCGCAGGGGCCCCUGAAGAGGAGCCAGUGGACGGCCAAGACGCCUCCCAGCAAUGCCUGUGGGUAGACGAGUUUGCGCCCCAGCACUACACGGAGCUGCUCAGUGACGACUUCACCAACCGCUGCCUCCUCAAGUGGCUGAAACUGUGGGACCCGGUGGUGUUUGGCCACGAGAGGCCUGCCCGGAAGCCCAGGCCCAGCGCCGAGCCGGCCCGGGUCAGCAAGGAGGCUGCAGCCUCGGCCAAGUGGAAGAGCCACGAGCAGGUGGUGGAGGAGAUGCUGGAGGCCGAGCUGGACCCGAGCCAGCGGCCCCGGCAGAAGGUGGCAUUGCUGUGUGGACCCCCGGGGCUGGGCAAGACCACUUUGGCUCACGUGAUUGCACGGCACGCGGGGUAUUCCGUGGUGGAGAUGAACGCAAGUGAUGACCGCAGCCCGGAGGCCUUCCGCGUGCGCAUCGAGGCAGCCACGCAGAUGGAGUCAGUGCUGGGCGCUGGUGGGAGGCCCAACUGCCUGGUCAUCGAUGAGAUCGACGGGGCCCCCACGGCUGCCAUCAACGUCCUCUUGAGUGUCCUGAACCGCAGGGGCCCACAGGAGGCGGAGCUGAGGGGCCCGGCCGCGCCUGUGGGUGGAGGCGGCCGGGGCCGCGCAGAGCGGGGACUUCUGACGAGGCCCAUCAUCUGCAUCUGCAAUGACCAGUUUGCGCCGUCACUGCGGCAGCUGAAGCAGCAGGCCUUCCUGCUCCACUUCCCGCCGACUCUGCCCUCGAGGCUGGUGCAGCGGCUGCAGGAGAUCUCCCUGCGGCAGGGCGUGCGCGCUGACCCGGGCGCGCUGGCGGCCCUCUGCGAGAAAACUGACAAUGACAUCCGUGCCUGUGUCAACACUCUGCAGUUCCUGCACAGACAGGGCCGGCGGGAGCUCAGCGUGCGUGACGUGCAGACCACGCGUGUUGGCCUCAAGGACCAGCGCAAGGGGCUCUUCUCGGUGUGGCAGGAGGUCUUCCAGCUGCCUCGGGCCCAGAGGCGACGCGUGGGCCAGGACCCGGCCCUGUCCGCCCACAUGCUUCGGCUCAGCCCCGGGGACACGGGCUCCCUGACCACGGCCUCACAGCGCUUCUACCACGUUCUGCACGUCGCCACCUCUGCCGGCGAGCACGAGAAGGUGGUCCAGGGUCUGUUCGACAACUUCCUGCGCUUGCGCCUGCGGGACUCCAGCCUGGGGGCCGUGUGCUCCGCCCUCGACUGGCUGGCCUUCGACGACCUGCUGGGGCAGGCCGCCCACCACGGCCAGAGCUUCCAGCUGCUGCGCUACCUGCCCUUCCUGCCCGUGGCCUUCCACGUGCUCUUCGCCCGCAGCCACGUGCCGAGGAUCAGCUUCCCCAGCAGCCAGCAGGAGGCCCAGAACCGGAUCAGCCAGACAAGGAACCUGAUCCAGACGCUGGUGUCGGGCAUGGCGCCAGCCACGCGCAGCCAGGCUGCGCCCCAGUCCCUUGUCCUGGAUGCCCUCUGCCUGCUCCUGGACAUCCUCGCGCCCAAGCUGCGCCCCGUGAGCACGCAGCUGUAUGGUGCCCGCGAGAAGCAGCAGCUGGCCAGCCUCGUGGGCACGAUGCUCGCCUACAGCCUCACCUACCGCCAGGAGCGCACGCCUGACGGGCAGUAUGUCUACAGGCUGGAGCCGAACGUGGAGGAGGUCUGCCGCUUCCCAGAGCUGCCCGCCCGCAAGCCCCUCGCCUACCAGGCCAAGCAGCUCAUCGCCCGGGAGAUCGAGGUGGAGAAGAUGCGGCGGGCAGAGGCUGUGUCCCGGGCUAGGAACAGCCCCCAGGUGGACAGGAGCCCUGUGGGACCUGAGGGUCCGCUGGGAGGCAGUGGGGAGAAGGACGUGUGCCGACCUGCUCUGCGCAACCACGAGCAGCGGCUGGAGCACAUCAUGAAAGCAGUCCGGGAGGAGCAGCCUGAGAGGGACUUCUUUGGACGUGUGGUCGUCAGGAGCGCGGCAGCCCCGAGGGCAGGUGACGUGGCCCUGGAGAAGGACGCGGUGGAGCGGCGCAUAGGCACGGCGGUGGGCAGGAGCGAGGUCUGGUUCCGCUUCAACGAGGGUGUCUCCAAUGCCGUGCGGCGCAGCCUGUACAUCCGGGACCUGCUGUAGCCCCAGGCCCGGGGGGUGACCCCACGGGGGCCCCUGGCGUUGCUUUGUCUCCACAGAAGACGAAUGAAACACA